AGCCCCUCUAACGUGAGGCUGGCAGCAUCCUGGGUCCAGUGGACAGAAAAAUGUAUUGCAACAUCCUGUCAGUGGGGAGACACCUGAAUUCACAGAACAGCUUCGGAAGGCCCCCUGGGUUGAAUGCAUUUGGGAACUUGAUGCAUAAAAUUUGCAUGACUCCUCACUCCUUUCUGGAUCUGUCAUUGGAUUCCAGCCAGCAUGGCUCACACCAUAAAAGUUAACGGCUGUGCGUCAGGAAAAGCAGAGGGUGUUCUGAAUGGAGAUCAUGACAAGGAACAGAAAGAUCCUUAUUUUGUGGAGACCCCCUACGGUUAUCAGCUAGACUUAGACUUCCUCAAGUACGUGGAUGACAUCCAGAAAGGAAACACCAUCAAGAAACUGAACAUCCAGAAGAGGCGGAAGCCAUCGGUGCCGUGCCCAGACGGCAGGGCGGUGCCCGGCCAGCAAGGUGUAUGGACUUCCACGGAAUCCCUCUCCUCCUCCAACAGUGAUGACAACAAGCAGUGCCCCCACUUCCUCCUCACCAGAAGCCAAGUGACAUCGACGCCAAUCCCAAGGCCCCCUGCCCCUCUGGAGGCCUCGCCCAUUUUUCUUACCAUCCCGGAGAGCCGACAGCUGCCACCACCGUCACCACAGCUCCUGAAGCACAACCUUCAUGUCACCAAGACGCUGAUGGAGACCCGGAGAAGAUUGGAACAGGAGAGAGUCGCCAUGCAGGUGGCACCGGGUGAGUUCCGACGGCCCAGGCUGGCCAGUUUUGGAGGCAUGGGCUCCACGAGCUCGCUCUCCUCCUUUAUGGGUUCUGGAAACCACAAUCCCGCCAUGCACCCACUUCAGAACGGGUACCAAGGCAACGGGGAUUACAGUGGCUAUGUCCCGGCUCCUGCCACCACUUCGUCCAUGGGGAGCUCCAUGCGCCACAGCCCCCUGAGCUCCGGGAUCUCCACUCCAGUGACCAACGUGAGCCCCAUGCACCUGCAGCACAUCCGCGAGCAGAUGGCUAUCGCCCUGAAACGCCUCAAGGAGCUCGAGGAGCAGGUGCGAACCAUCCCCGUGCUCCAGGUAAAGAUCUCGGUCUUGCAAGAGGAGAAAAGACAGUUGGCCUCGCAGCUGAAAAACCAGAGAGCCACAGCCCAGAACGACAUCGGGGGCGUGAGGAAGCGGUCCUACAGCGCUGGGAAUGCAUCCCAGCUGGAAGAGCUCUCCAGGGCCCGGCGAGGCGGCGGGGAAUUAUACAUCGACUAUGAGGAGGAGGAGAUGAGGAGCGUAGAGCAGAGCACGCAGAGCAUCCGGGAGUUCCGGCAGCUCGCAGCGGACAUGCGGGCCCUGGAGCAGAAGAUCCAGGACAGCAGCGGCGAGGCCUCCUCAGAGCUCCGGGAGAAUGGGGCGUGCCCACGGUCCGUGGCUGUGGGUGCCGACGAGAACAUGGACCACGUGGUCGUGUACCGCAGGGGCCCGGGGGCCUGUAGGGACGCCGCUGUGGGGACCGUCACUGAGACGAGGAGCUCUGGGGUCGGCGUGACGGAGGCCAUGCUGGGACUGACGACAGAAGCUGACAAAGAAAUCGAGCUGCAGCAGCAGACCAUAGAAGCCCUGAAGGAAAAGAUCUACCGCCUGGAAGUUCAACUGAAGGAAACCACGCAUGACCGCGAGAUGACCAAGCUCAAGCAAGAACUGCAGGCCGCUGGGUCGAGGAAGAAGGUGGACAAAGCCGUGACGGCCCAGCCGCCUGUCUGCAGCAAGAUGGUGGAGGCUGUGGUGCCCACGAGAGACCAGAUGGCGGGCCACCACGUGGACGUGGCCGACAUGGGCGUCGGGACCUCCGUGUGCACGCGCAGCGUGGCGGUCUCCUGCCAGCCCGGGUGUGAGAGUCGAGCCGCGGGGCCUGAGCUGCCCCUGAAUCGGUGGAUUGUCAAGGAACGGGUGGAGAUGCGUGACCAGUGUGCUGGGAGGUCUGUGGAGACGUGUGACAAGAGUGUGGGUGUGGAAAUCAGUAUCUGCGAAACAGGCAGCAACACGGAGGAGUCUGUGAAUGACCUCUCGCUCCUCAAGACCAACCUGAAUCUCAAAGAAGUGCGAUCGAUCGGCUGCGGGGAUUGUUCUGUUGACGUGACCGUCUGCCCUCCGAAGGAGUGCACGUCGCGGAGCGUGAACACAGAGGCUGUUGGCCAGGUCGAGGCCGCUGCCAUGGCGGUGCCUCCGACCACCAGCCGGCACACCAGUACGGCUUGGGAACAGGCGGACCAGUCCACCAACACCGAGACGGCCACCCUUGUGGACUCCAGCACCAGCACCUCCCUCAGCACUUUGGACAAGCAGACCAGCACCCAGGCUGUGGAGAUGCGGACAGUGGCGGUCGGGGAAGGCCGUGUGAAGGAUGUCAACUCCUCCGCCAAGAUGCGGUCCGUUGGCGUGGGAACGGUGCUGUCUGGCGGUUCUGGCUUUGACAGGCCUUCGGCUGUGAAGACCAAAGAGUCAGGCGUGGGGCAGAUAAAUAUUCACGACAACUAUCUGGUUGGUCUCAAAAUGAGGACCAUAGCUUGUGGUCCUCCCCAGCUGACUUCGGGGCUGGCAGCCGGCAGGAGGAGCGUGGGUGUUGGGGACGAGCCCAUUGGAGAGUCCACGGAGAGCCCCCAGCCCCAGGCGCCUGGCAUGAUGACCGGCUUGGACCACUACAUCGAGCGCAUCCAGAAGUUACUGGCAGAGCAGCAGACUCUGCUAGCUGAGAACUACAGUGAACUGGCAGAAGCUUUUGGGGAGCCACACUCACAGAUUGGCUCUCUGAACUCGCAGCUCAUUAGCACCCUGUCCUCAAUCACCUCUGUCAUGAAGUCUGCAAGCACGGAGGAGCUGAGGAACCCUGACUUCCCCAAAAUGAGCUGGGGUAAAGUUACAGGCAGUGGUUUGGAAUACACCUGUAAGUGUGGAGGCCUUCAAGCAGGAACUCCGUUCCACACCCAGACCUCCCCGCCUGAGCAAGCAGUGGAGACCGUGGAAGGGACACCCCUCCGCGGCCAGGACGCCUUCCCCUCUCAGGAAAGCACGCUGUCCCCCGUGAACCUGACGGACGACCAGAUAGCCGCCGGCCUCUAUGUAUGUACAAACAAUGAAAGCACACUGAAGUCUAUCAUGAAGAAGAAAGAUGGCAACAAAGAUUCAAAUGGAGCAAAGAAGAAUCUUCAGUUUGUUGGCAUUAACGGAGGGUAUGAAACAACUUCAAGUGAUGAUUCCAGCUCAGAUGAAAGCUCUUCCUCCGAGUCAGAUGACGAGUGUGAUGUCAUUGAGUACCCUCCCGAGGAAGAGGAGGAGGAAGAGAAGGAUGAAGACACUCGGGGAAUGGCGGAAGGGCACCAUGCCGUUAAUAUUGAAGGUUUCAAGUCCGCCAGGGUGGAAGAUGAGAUGCAGGUUCCAGAAUGUGAACCUGAGAAGGUGGAAAUCAGAGAGAGGUACGAAUUAAGUGAAAAGAUGUUGUCUGCCUGCAACUUACUGAAAAAUAAUAUAAAUGACCCCAAAGCUUUGACCAGCAAGGAUAUGCGGUUCUGUCUGAACACCCUGCAGCACGAGUGGUUCCGUGUGUCCAGUCAGAAGUCAGCCAGUCCGGCCAUGGUGGGCGACUACAUAGCGGCGUUCGAGGCCAUUUCCCCAGACGUCCUCCGCCACAUCAUCAACAUGGCAGACGGCAACGGCAACACGGCCCUCCACUACAGCGUGUCCCACUCCAACUUCGAGAUCGUGAAGCUGCUCUUGGACGCUGACGUGUGCAACGUGGAUCACCAGAACAAGGCGGGCUACACCCCCAUCAUGCUGGCAGCCCUCGCCGCCGUGGAAGCCGAGAAGGACAUGCGUGUCGUGGAAGAACUCUUCGGCAGCGGGGAUGUGAACGCCAAAGCCAGCCAGGCAGGUCAGACAGCCCUCAUGCUGGCCGUCAGCCACGGGCGGAUCGACAUGGUGAAGGGCCUGCUGGCCUGUGGGGCUGACGUCAACAUCCAGGACGAUGAGGGCUCCACGGCGCUCAUGUGUGCCAGCGAGCACGGGCACGCGGAGAUUGUCAAGCUGCUGCUGGCCCAGCCGGGCUGCAACGGCCACCUGGAGGACAACGACGGCAGCACCGCGCUCUCGAUAGCCCUGGAGGCAGGACACAAGGACAUCGCGGUGCUUCUGUACGCCCACGUCAACUUCGCCAAGGCCCAGUCUCCGGGCACCCCUAGGCUUGGAAGGAAGACAUCUCCUGGUCCCACCCACCGAAGUUCAUUUGAUUGAUUAGAUGCAAAUAGCCAUCCAUUUACAUGCCACCGUUAAGCUGCUACUUGUUCCUGUUGGGGUGAUAGAUACUGAAUGUAUAUGUAUUGUGCCUGAGCUCACCAGCACGCAGAACGGGAGGCCUGGCGCCUGGAGCUGCGUGGUGGAAGCCGAGCCGGCGGGAGCCGGCCGCCGGGCACAUGCCACCUCCCUCCUGGCUGUCUUCCCUCUGCGCUGGGCGUGCUCACCCCGGCUCCGUGGCUGUCGAGUCUCUGCUCCGUUAUGUACAGUCCUAGUCUCUCCCCACCUUGCCACUGCCGGGAAGCAUCAGCUUCUCACUGGCUGGACAUUUUUAAAAAUGUUCCACAAGUAUUUAUAUUGACUUAACGUGGAGCCACUGGAAAGCUCUCUGAAGAUUCCAUUCCAGGACGGUUUUCUUGAUUUGUGUGUGUGUGUUUACUCUUCUCAAGUAAGGCAGUGGUGAUGACUGGUCGUCAGCACCUUGGGCCUGGGCCUGGUAGGUUUCUGGUUUCAAAAUCAAAAGUGGAACUCUCGAAAAGUAGAAAACUUACGAAAGGAAGUCUUUUCAGUUGGGUUAAUCUAGGUGGAUGUAUUAUAUGACUUUUUAUAUAAAAGGUAUCUAUAUAAAAUGGACACAGUAUUUUCAACUUUUGUAUUCCAUAGUCAUUGAGACAAGAGGAAUUACGUGUAACGUUGCCAUGUUUUCAUUAAUCAUCACCCGAGUCCGCAUCCGAUGGCAAAGGUUGGAUCUUGUUAGGGGAGUUGGCAGUAUAUUUGCCUCUAGGGAAACAUAGUGUAGUUCUCUACAUAUUUAUGGAUUCCUUUCUACCAUGUCACAUUUACUUUGGUCUUAUAUGUAUUUAAAUGUUUGAAGUGCCUUAGACUCUUGCCAUAUUUUCAAAAUAAAAUUUCAUUAAGCUCUU